CCCUGCCCUAGAUGGCAGAUAGUCUAGACAUGUAUUUAGUACCUUGGACAAACCCAUCUUCUGUCUUAAUUUCCUCAUGUGUGAAAUGGGUUUAAUAACAGCAUUUACCUCCCAGGGUUAUUAUGAAGAUCAAAUUAAAUAAUAAUUAUAAAGUGCUUACCCCAAUGCCUGGUCCAUAGUAAGCGCUCUAAAAAUAUAAGCUAUUAUCAUUUUAAUAGGGAGCCAUUGAAGAUUUUUGAGCAAGUAAAUGAUAUAGUUAGAUAUGAACUUUGGAAAAUUAUUUUAGCAACAAUAUAUCUAAAAGAUAUGUUGGAGAAGGAGGCAGGAGACAGGAAGACCAAUUUUGGAGGCUAUUAUAAAUAGUCCAGGUGAAAGGUGAUGAAAGUUGGAAGUAGUAUGGUGGCUGUUUGAGAAGAGAAAAAGGGAAUAGAUGCUAGAGGGAUGUUGGAAGUAGAAUCAAGAAGUUUUGGAAACUGAUUGGCUAUGGUAGAUAAGGGAGAGGACCAAGUUGUGGAUUUAAACUUAGGUGUCUGUGAGAAGUGGGGAUCAGGAGUGAGGUUAGGAAUUCAGUUUUGGGCUUGUCAUAUUUAAAGCAUGGGUAGGACCUCCACCAGUUUGCAGUUGGAGAUGUGGGACCAGAAUACAGAAGAGAGACAAUUGAGAAUCAUCUACCUGACCACUGAACCCUGUGGUGUUAAAACAAUCCACAAUAGAGACUACCCUGAAGCACGUGUCGAGGUGGAUGAUCCCAGGCCCCACAUGACUUACCUGGAGGCCUGUCCUUCCUUCCAUGAUGCUUCUCUGACGAAUUCCUUCUUCUAUAUGGCCCCUUCCCUAUGUCAUUGUGAUGGAGUUUUGUGGCAGGCAGAGCGUAGGAUGAUGAGGCACACAAGGUGAGAAUUUGGUGUGGUUGGGAUGGCAUGGGUUAGAUAUCACAGUAGGAUGUUCCAGGUGAAUAAUUUGUUGGCAUAAAUGUGCAUCUUCCCAUUUUCUGCCAAUGGAAUCUGAAGCCCAAGAACCAUAGCAAAAAGAACCUAUAGCAUUGCUAUGACAACAGCCAGUCUUUAGACCCUUGGAAGUGAUUGCCGUGUUGGAGCUCAAACAUAAUAGUGGGUAGUCUUUCCAUUAAGAACAAGAGGAACUAUAAGGAGAAGUGAGGUCAAAAAUAUCGUAACUACUUCUGUUGACCCAGUUUUAGAAAAAAGAUGAGACGACUAAAGAAAAGAAGCAAGAUAGAAUACAUAGGAAUCCACAGCCAAUGGCUAAAAGACACUUCGGAGUCCCCGCGCGAGAGCAUGGGAGUGGUGGUGGCUGAUGAUGGACCUUCAGGUGUCAAGGCCCCAGACGGGGGCUGGGGCUGGGCCAUCCUCUUCGGCUGUUUCAUCAUCACGGGCUUCUCCUACGCUUUCCCCAAAGCGGUCAGCGUCUUCUUCAAGGAGCUCAUCCGGGAGUUUGACAUCGGCUACAGUGACACAGCUUGGAUCUCCUCUAUCCUGCUGGCCAUGCUUUAUGGGACAGGUCCAUUGUGUAGUGUGUGUGUGAACAAGUUUGGCUGCCGGCCGGUCAUGCUGGUGGGUGGUCUCUUUGCCUCAAUGGGGAUGGUGGCUGCCUCCUUCUGCACCAGCAUUAUUCAGCUCUACCUCACAGCUGGAGUCAUCACUGGCCUGGGCCUGGCACUCAACUUCCAGCCCUCCCUCAUCAUGCUCAACCGUUAUUUUGACAAGAGGCGCCCGAUAGCCAACGGUCUCUCUGCUGCGGGGAGCCCUGUGUUUCUUUGCGCACUCUCUCCCCUGGGACAGAUCUUACAGGAUGUUUAUGGAUGGCGAGGGGGCUUCCUCAUUCUGGGGGCCAUGCUGCUGAACUGUUGUGUAUGUGGGGCCCUGAUGAGGCCUCUGGAAGGUCCCAAGAAGCUUGAAGGCUCUAAGGCCACAUCGAAGAAGAAGUCAAAGAAGCUUCUGGACUUCAGCGUUUUCAAGGACCGUGGCUUUGUGGUCUACACGGUGGCAGCUUCCAUUCUGGUCCUGGGGCUCUUUGUUCCGCCGGUUUUCGUGGUAAGCUACGCCAAGGACAUGGGGGUGUACGACACCAAGGCGGCCUUCCUGCUGACCAUUCUUGGCUUCAUUGACAUUUUUGCCCGGCCCCUCUGUGGAUUUGUGGCUGGGACCAAGUGGGUGCGGCCACGCUGUGUCUACCUCUUCAGUUUUGCCAUGUUCUUCAACGGCUUCACUGAUCUCAUAGGCUCCAUGUCGGACUCCUACACCGGCCUGGUGGUCUUCUGCAUCUUUUUUGGCAUAUCCUACGGCAUGGUAGGAGCCUUACAGUUUGAAGUGCUCAUGGCCAUUGUUGGCACCCAAAAGUUCUCCAGCGCCAUCGGCCUUGUGCUGCUAAUGGAGGCGAUUGCUGUGUUAAUUGGACCCCCUUCUGGAGGCAAACUCCUGGAUGCGACUCACAUCUACAAGUACGUGUUUAUCCUGGCAGGAGCUGAGGUGGUCACCGCUGCCCUGGUGCUGGCUCUGGGCAACAUCUUCUGCAUUAAGAAAAAAUCGGAAGAACCUCAGACCAAAAAAGAGGUGGUGGAGAGGGAGGAGCUGGACAGGCUGGAAGACAAAGCCUCUGAGGAAACUAAAAUGGAUUGUGUGCAAGUGGAGUGCUUCUUGAAAGCAGAGCCUGAGAAAAAUGGGGAGAUUGUGACCAGCCCAGAGACCUCUGUCUGAAUGGGAGCCUGGGGAGGGAGAGGGUUGAGGGAAAAGGUACAAAGAAUUUCAACACUCUUAUUUAUUUUAGAAAUAGGUCUAGCUUUAGGGUGGGGCCAUCGACUUGACUCUGGUUGCCUGGUGGGCGGAUCAUCACGUGAUCAGUUUUUUUGGGGGGAAGUGGGGAGUUGGGAGUGGGGAGGAAGGAGGAGUUGGAAACAUCUCGUUCCAAAUCAGUGCUGCUGUGGAGAAGCCAAGCUUCACGGUUACAACAUUUUUAUACCAGGGAACGCUAUAGCCUGUGCUGAUCCAGUUUCAGCAGUGUUGCUGUGCUGAAGUACCUAAAAACUCAUACUUCAAAAGAAAAAAUUAUUUUAAUCAGGGUUUGAGGAGUGAAUUAGGAAAAGAUGGGUAAUUGGGGUGGAUGGGGGGAAUCAGGCUUUUCCUAUUUCUAAUGUUGCUCAACUGUGGUUCUCCUUUUUCAUUUUUGAUGUUGCUAGCACAUAACUUACUCCUCAAUGUUAAGAGCAAGGGAUCCUGACAUUUGGGUAGUUUGCGAUAAAUAUGCAGCUUGGGAUCAAAUGAGCCUCAGGAACUUGGUCCUUUUCUGGGACGUUCAUAAAAUCUGGGAGCCCUAUGACAUUAACUCAACCUAAAAUAUCAUUUUUUAUGGCUUAUUUUUGUUAAGGAAAUGUUUCUCCCAAAUGAUUUUGUUUUCUUGUCUACAUGAGUCAAUUUUUAAAGUGGUGUUUUUAUUGUAAAUUGCACAGAAGUUUAGUUAUGGGUGGCAUUCAGAUGGAGAAACCAAAAUAGUUGGUAUUAAUAGAGGCUGUGGGCCAGCAUAUAUGCAUAUGUGGGGGCUUGGGUUGGGGACUUCCCUUUCUGGCCAUCCUAGGAAGCUGUGCACUUUUCACAUGACCUUACAGAAAUGAAUGGGGCAUCCAUGAGUGGCUAGAAUACAAGCUUCAGGAUGAUACCAAGACCACUUAGAGGAUAGUUUGAGUCACCACCUGUGUUUUUCUUCCCUAUCAUAAAAAAAUACAACAAAACUUUCUGCUGCCUUCCA